UGAAAUUCACAUCGAACAGCAAAUAAACUUUUUUAACCUUCUGCCAAAUGGAAGUCCAUAGCUCUCUCUCUCCCCCUCUCUCUCUCUCUCUGCAAAUUUUCUCUGAAAAUCGAAAGACUCACUCCGUCAUCUUCUCUCUCCUCAGCUGCUGAUCAAAAAGCUUCUUCUGGUAUAAAAAAUACAUAUAUCGGAAUUGGAUCUUGAAUUGAGAUGUCACCACCACACCUUGGUGUUGGGGAGGAAGAGGGACAGAGCAACAUAACUCUGUUGGAAUCUUCAGACUCCAUGGAAAGUAUAUGCCAAAAUAGUUCACCGUUAAAGGAGCGUAACUAUAUGGGGUUAUCUGAUUGUUCUUCGGUGGACAGCUCUACGAUCUCCACCACAUCAGAUGAUAACAAUAGAAACCUGAAUUUGAAGGCUACGGAGCUGAGGCUUGGACUUCCUGGAUCCCAAUCUCCUGGAAGGGACCCAAGCCUCUGCCUGCUAGGCUCUGCAAAACUUGAUGAGAAGCCCUUAUUCCCUCUGCAUCCUUCAAAGGAUAAUGACUUGUCGUCGCAUAAGACAGUCAUUUCAGGCAACAAAAGAGGAUUCUCUGAUGCUAUGGAUGGAUUCUCAGAGGGGAAAUUUCUUGCCAGCUCAGAUGUUAAUGUGAUACUGUCACCCAGGCCUUCUCCAAAUUUAGGAGUUAAAUCUAAUACUGUAAAAGAGAUCUCUGGGACUCAGCCUGCCAAAAUGAAGGAGGCAGUACCCCAAAAUGUUGUUCAGGAGAGACCUCGUUCUAUAAAUGAGAACAGCUCGAACCGUAUUGGCUCCACGAAUAACAAUAGCAGCGCACCUGCUACCAAGGCACAGGUUGUUGGUUGGCCACCUAUAAGGUCCUUUAGGAAGAAUACAUUGGCUACCACGUCAAGGAACACUGAUGAGGUCGAUGGAAAAGCAGGGCCUGGUGCUCUGUUUGUUAAAGUCAGCAUGGAUGGUGCUCCUUAUCUAAGGAAAGUGGAUUUGAGAAAUUACUCCAUGUAUCAGGAGCUCUCUUCCGCCCUUGAGAAGAUGUUCAGCUGUUUUACCAUUGGUCAGUAUGGAUCUCAUGGAGUUCCAGGCACGGAGAUGCUGAGCGAGAGCAAGCUGAAGGAUUUGUUACAUGGAUCAGAAUAUGUACUCACAUAUGAGGAUAAGGACGGUGAUUGGAUGCUAGUGGGUGAUGUGCCUUGGGAGAUGUUUACUGCCACGUGCAAGAGACUGAGGAUUAUGAAGAGUUCUGAUGCCAUUGGCCUUGCUCCAAGGGCCGUGGAGAAAUCCCGAAACAGAAACUAGCUGUAGUGUUUGCACAUGAUUGUUGCUAUGAAUCCAGCAGAACGGGAGAAAAAGAAUUGGGGGAAGGGUCAAGAAGAAGGACACGACCCAUACUUCAGUUCGGGUGAGUCAUCAAGACGUUGACACUGUGGACAACAGAUAGUGAGUAGGAGCUGUGUUAUCAUCAAUGUGUUUGCAUUUCUUGGAACUUCAUGUUCUCUAAGCUUUGUUUUUAGUCUAUAUUACAAAUAUGCAUUAAGACCCUUUAUCUGGGAGUAUGUUUGCAACUUUAAGUGAUCUGUGGGUGCUGGAGUUCCUGUCCCCGUCAACGAUUGUUGCGUAUGUAAAGCGAACUAUACUGUAUGUGGAACAUCUAUAUCAUGUGUGUUCUUAUCAACA